CGUAGAUACGUGUAUACACAUACAUAUACACACAUACACACAUAGCUGUCAGUAUGACGGGAAAACGCCACUACGUGCAACUCACACUGGAUAAUGUGACGCUGUCAGAGGAGGAUCUCAAGCACACUCCUUCAGCUGCAGACGGUCUAAGUGCGAGUGACGAGAUGGAUCUGCGCAUAUACGGAUGUGAAUAUAUACAGUUGGCGGGGAAGCUUUUGAAAUUACCACAGAUAGCCAUGGCGGUCGCUAUGAAUAUGUACCAGAGGUACUACUAUCGGAAAUCCAUGGUUGUGCAUGAUUUUGAGACGUGCGCGAAAGCGUGUAUAUUCUUGGCAGCUAAGAUUGAAGAAAAUUCGCGGCGGAGUAACGAUGUACUGAAUGUCUGUCAUUACAUCAGUCGAGUGCACGGUGGUGACACCGAUCCGACCCCGCUCGAUGCUUAUUCUAAGCCAUUUAUGGUGCUAAAGAACGAAAUGAUCAAAGCGGAGAGGAGGGUAUUGAACGAACUGGGCUUCAGCGUGCAUAUCCAGCACCCCCACAAGCUGAUAGCCAACUACCUGCAAGUACUGACACUUUACGCCAACACCGAGUUGGCGCAAAUAGCGUGGAGCUACAUGAAUGAUUCCUUCCGGACCAAUGUCUUCUGCCGUUUCCCACCGCAUAUUAUCGCGGCGGCCACUAUCUAUCUGGCUACCAAUAUGAAGAAUAUUGUCUUACCCAGCAAUCCGCCCUGGUACGAAUUGUUUGACGGGAAUAAGAAGGAUAUCGAGGAGGUGUCCAAGGCGAUACUGUUCGUGGUGCACCGGGAGAAGAAGCCCUGGGGCGAGCUCAAGGCCAAUGUGCACACACUGCUGAAAGAGCGUAACGCAAAAAUAGAGCAGCUGCGCAUAGCCAGGAGGAAGGAGAGGGGCGAGGCAGCUAUAGUUAGCGACGAGGAUGCGGAGAAAGUGAAAGGUCAAUCUGUGGCCUCCCCUGCGAAGUCGGUGGCGCAGCAAUUGACAGAAGACAAUGGAUCUGGCGACAAAAGCACAGACCAAAAAGAUCGGGUACGUCCCCCGAGAAUUAGGAAUACGCCGGAAUCCGAUGCGUCAUACAAAGCCAAAACUAGUGGCGUGAAUGGUGUCAACGGCACCAAGAAGGAGCGGCCCCCUUUAUCAGUGAGUGCUGAAAGAGUGAACAAAAGUGGCGAGAAAGAUAAGGAGAAGCGCAGUCGUAGUCGAGAGGAUGACAGGAACAGAGAUAGAGGGCGUAAGAGGAGUAGGAGUGUGAGUCUAAUGCGGAAGGAGCGAGACACUAAAAGAACAGGUGGGAAAACAACAGGCGCGAAACGGAUUACUAAGGAAGGAAGCACUGCGCGCAGUAGCAGCCGAAGUUCGGAGCGAACGAGCGCUCGGCGGGAUAGAAGCCGCAGUAAAGAUAGGGAUGAGUAUAGAGGCGGUAGGCGAGAGUCCUCUUACCACGGAAGUGGGCGAGGGGGUAAUAAGGAUAGGGGUAGGGAUCGUGACCGUGACCGUGAUCGCAGAGAUGAUAGAGAUAAAGAGAGAAGGGGAGAGAUGGGACGAAGGGAUUCGCGAAGACGAUAAGAAAGUGGGCUUAUUUAACAGCAUUCACUUUUUAGCAUAUUCUCCUUGAUAUAGGGUACUUGUACUUCUGGGGAGUGCGUGGGCAGCAUGCAUGUAAUCAUAUCACUGUCCCACGAC